AUGCCAGUCGCCAUUCCAGCCACCAUCGCCAGCUCCAGCGUACACAUACCCGCUGCCAUCCCUCUUGUCAGACCAGUCACCGUAGUGCCUAGUGUCCCUGGAAUCCCUGGCCCCUCCUCUCCACAGCCAGUCCAAUCAGAAGCCAAGAUGUUUGACUUUCUCUCACCUGCAGCGGCCCUCAGUCACCAGAUCCCUCAGGUAACCAACGGCGAUGCAGGUAACAUCCAGAGCAGCUCGGCCAGCGAGACUCCGCCCCCGGCUCCGCCUCCAGCUGAGGAGCCACGCCCACAGUCACUACAGCAGCCGGCCACAUCCACAACAGAAACACCUGUGUCUCCGGCCCAGCACAGCUCCAGCACAGGCGGGCGGCGGCGGAGAACCACCAGCGAGGACCCGGACGAGAAGAGGCGGAAGUUUCUGGAAAGGAACAGAGCGGCUGCGUCUCGCUGCAGGCAAAAGAGGAAAGUCUGGGUGCAGAAUCUGGGAGAAAAAAGCGGAAAGACUUGAGCAGCAAUGA